AUGAUUGCGGGCAUACCUGGCGUCCGCACCUUCAUGGACGACGUCAUCGUGUUCGGACCAGACCGGAAAUCGCACGCAUCUUCACUCAAGCAGUUGCUCCAACGUCUCAAGGAGUACGGGUUCCACGUCAAGGCCGAGAAAUGCAGUUUCUUCCAGCUGCAAAUUCGGUAUCUGGGACACAUCGUGGACAGUCGAGGCAUCCGCCCCGAUCCCGAGAAGCUGAGGACGAUUGCCGCCAUUCCUGCACCAACCAACGUGUCCGAACUGCGAUCGUUCCUGGGCGCGGUGAACUUCUACGGAAGAUUCGUGCGCAACCUUCACGAGCUACGCCGCCCAAUGGACCAGCUGCUCAAGAAGGACACCAAGUGGCGUUGGACAUCCGAGUGCCAGCAGGCGUUCGAGAAGUUCAAGGAGGUGCUCCAGUCAAGCCUGCUACUAACUCACUACGAUCCGAAGCUGCCGAUCAUCGUAGCCGCGGACGCGUCAAGCACCGGCAUCGGGGCCGUCAUACUCCACCAGUUCCCUGAUGGCUCACUCAAGGCAGUUCAACACGCGUCAAGGUCGCUCACACCCGCUGAGCGCAACUACGGACAACCUGAAAAGGAAGCGCUCGCGUUAGUAUAUGCGGUAACGAAGUUCCACAAGUACCUGCUGGGACGACCCUUCACACUGCAAACUGACCACAAGCCGCUCCUGUCCAUCUUCGGCUCGAAGAAGGGAAUUCCACUGCACACCGCGAAUCGCCUCCAACGCUGGGCACUCACGAUGCUGAACUACGAUUUCGAGAUCCAGCAUGUGUCCACGAGCGACUUCGGUUGUGCCGACAUGUUGUCUCGGCUUAUCGACCGUACCAUCCAACCGGAAGAGGAGUACGUCGUGGCAGCACUCACGCUCGAAGAGGACCUGGUAAGCAUAAUCGAAGACACAAUCGACAAAGUGCCGGUCUCUUUCGCAGCUCUCCAAAAAGCCACUGCGACGAACGCCACACUCCAGGCUGUGGUCAAGUACAUCCGCGACGGAUGGCCAAGCAGCGCGGGAUCGGUCACCAACUCCGAGGUUCUUCCCUACUUCCGCCGACGGGAAUCGCUCAGUCUUGUCGACGGCUGCGUGAUGUUCCACGACCGAGUGGUGGUUCCGAACCAGUUCCGGUCCCAGAUUUUGCGACAGUUCCACCGUGGACAUCCUGGAAUGGUCCGCAUGAAGGCGAUUGUGCGCAGUUUCGUCUACUGGCCCGGACUAGACAACGAAAUAGAGGAUUUCGUUAAGCGAUGCAACCCUUGCUCCAUCGCUGGAAAAGCACCCACCAAAACGUGCUUAGAAUCGUGGCCAACUCCAAGCAAGCCGUGGUCCCGGAUCCACAUCGACUACGCCGGUCCCGUGGAUGGCGUGUACUUCCUGGUGGUGGUCGACCCAUUCACCAAAUGGCCAGAAGUGUACGCAACUCGAACGAUGACAGCGAAGACGACCAUCAAGCUGCUGACCCAGUCAUUCGCUACGUUCGGUAUUCCGGAGGUUAUUGUUUCCGACAACGGAACCCAGUUCACUGGCCACGAGUUCAAGGAGUUCUGCACCAAGCUGGGAAUUCGCCACCUUCGAACCGCUCCGUUCCACCCACAAUCAAACGGAUCGGCGGAACGAUUUGUGGACACGCUGAAGAGGAGCCUUCGCAAAAUUCGCGCGGGGGGAGAAACCCUGGAGGAAGCACUGCAGACGCUUUUGCAAGUGUACCGCUCGACCCCAACCAGCGAUCUCGAUGGCAAGUCUCCGGCGGAAGUGAUGUUCGGCCGGCCAGUCCGGACCAUUUCUGCUCUCCUUCAACCGACCAAGGACAAUUCGCCAAGCACCAGCGCUAGGGCGGAGAAUCAGAACGACGCUUUUAACAAAAAGCACGGCGCGAUCCAACGGAUUUUCAAGCACGGCGAUGCCGUCUUCGCGCAGGUCCAUCGUGCCAACUCCUGGCAGUGGGAGGCUGGUACCGUGAUCGAGAAGAUCGGCAGAGUCAACUACAACAUAUUCCUCGACGACCGCCGACGCUUGAUCCGUUCGCACGCAAACCAGUUGAAGACACGAGUUCCCGAGACCACAGCCUCGCCAGAGCCGACGCCGCUCUCGAUCUUUUUCGACGGUUUUGGAUUGGCCGAUGCGGUAGCAGCACCAGUGCCUGCAACUCCAGUGCCAGUUCCUGUUCCAGUUGACGACAGCGAUCCGGAAUUCUCGGACGACGACUCUGAAGAAUCUGACGAUCAGGAGCAAUCCGGUUCAUCCGAAGCAGAGUUCGAGGACGCAGCUGUAGAACCACCGGCACCUGCCGCUCUCCCGGCGGAACGAGCUUCUGGAGGACAAGGACAUCCGGUACCUGAAGCACCUCAAGGCGCGCCAGCUGGUGGAGGACGAGGACAACGCGCAAUCAAGCUUCCAGGGAGAUUUUCCAACUUCUGGAUGAAAUAA